AUGGCCCCCUUCACUGCGGCCGCGGAUGGCAGCAGCCUUUGCACCACACCGAUCUGUCUCGAGAUCGCCUCAAACAUUCUCAUGAGUCUCGCGCCGAACCAUACUGACAUCGAUCCGUGCACAGACUUUGACAAAUAUGCGUGCUCUGGAUGGAAAGCAACCCAUGCGCCUGGGGCUGGCCAAGGAAAGGCCUCAUCGCUGGGUAUUGUCGGGAGUGAUGUCUCGAUAGUGCUGAAGAACAUCGUGGAAGGCACCUACCCCAGUGGACCAGACGCUGGAUUUAUCACGGCAUCACUGUCUCAAGAGCAAAUAGGCGUGGAUCGGGACAACUUUCAGCUGAUCGUGGAGACAUACAAUGCUUGCCUCAAUGACACCGCCGUCAAGGCUGCAGGCUUGGGUCCUCUCAUCAAUCUCGUCAACCGUGUCGCGGAGGCUUUUCCUGUGGCCAAUACUACAGAGGACAAGGAACGCAAGACCUCGAAGAAUGAUGCCAAAAAUAUGGGCAAGACACUACUGUUCUUUGGUCAACUCGGCAUCUCUACUUUCGAGUCCGUCACUGUUGACUUUGAUGACCAGAAUACGAACAAGACACUCAUAUCCGUCGUCCCCGGAGGCACGCCGUUGCUCACAGGUUCUGUAGCCAGAAAUAAUGAUACCGUUGCGGAGUAUGAGCGCAUUAUGGCAGCACUUCUUCAGGCAGUACACCCGGCGAAACUCGAUGUUAUGAAUGCUCAGAGACUCGCUCUAGCCGUCACUAAGUUUGAGAAAGACGCGGUCGCUUUGCAGGCCACUGAUGACAGCAAAGCAAGCCCAACUCCACCAAAGUCACCAGCAAGGAAGUUCAAGUUGGAAGAGGUCACAAGCGUGGCCCCAGAACUUGGUCAUGAUUUUGUCAUCAACAACUUGAUUCCCGCGGACUAUACGCCGGAUCAACUUGUGUUUUCCCCAGCCUACUUUGGCAACCUAUCUCAGCUUCUCGCCAACACCUCUGUCGAAACGGUCCAAGGAUUUUUCAUCUGGAAAACAGUAUCCACCUUCUCCAACUUCGUUGAGACAGAUGUCACGGAAAGAUUGAACGACUUGAAAUCAAAGCUUCGCGCUACAGAUCCGGAGUUAGUUGGCAAGCCACCGAGAUGGCAGCAAUGCGUCGGUCAUGUGGAUGAGGGUGUCCCAUGGAGUGGCUUACCUGCCGGGCUCGGCUGGAUUCUGAGCCGAUUCUACCUCGAUAAGGCAUACUCGAACGAAGCUCGUGAUCUGGCUAUCAACAUGAUGGGCACGAUCCAGCAGGCCUUUAUCUCGCGCCUCGGCGAAAAGGACUGGUUAACAUCCGAAGUCAAGAAAGAGGCCGAAGUGAAGGUCAAUGCCAUUUCGAAAAAGAUUGGUUAUCCAGACGUGUCUCCGGACACCACAAACCCACGCAAGCUUGCAGAUUAUUACAAUGGGCUCAAGGUUACCGACUCCUACUUCGACAAUGCCCUUGCGUUUGCCACUUUCUCUAGCAAGUCGCUGUGGGCUCUGCUUGGCAAGCCUGCUGAUAAGAACAUUUGGCUGCAAACCCCAUCAACAACAAAUGCUUACUACUCUACAACCUUCAACGAUAUUGUCAUCAAUGCUGGUAUCCAGCAAAAACCCCUCUAUAAUGUUGCUUAUCCCUCAUAUGUUAACUAUGGCGCACUUGGCACCGUUCUUGGUCAUGAGCUCACCCAUGGCUUCGACAACAGCGGGCACAAUUACGCUGCCAACGGGUCUCUCACAAACUGGUGGGAUGAGCAGAGCCUCAAGGCGUUCAGUAAUCGUACCAAAUGCUUCGCCAACCAGUAUCAGCAAUUCACGGUCAUUGCGCCUAAUGGUACGAAUGUUCCCGUUCGAGGUAACUUCACGCUCGGUGAAAACAUAGCAGAUGCCGGAGGUGUGGCGACAAGCUAUGCGGCGUGGAAGAAACUACAGUCAGACAAGAAGUCUCAAGAUUUCGACUUGCCUGGCCUGCAGAGUUUCUCGCAUGACCAGAUUUUCUUCUUGAAAUGGGCACAAAACUGGUGCGACGUGUCGUCUUCGAAGGUGUACGAUGUCUACCUGCUUGGGGCCGACGUGCACUCUCCAGGAUUCGCUCGUAUCAAAGGGCCCUUGGACAACUCGAAGGACUUCCGCAGCGUUUUCAACUGCCCCCAAAGACAGCCUACAUGUGCCAAAUACGGACAUCCGUCACCGAAAGGAAUCGUGCCACCGAGAACGAAGGCUUCGGCGCCUCAACGUGGGCUAAAUUUGUUGGAUAUCAUCACCGAACCGGAUACCAGGCACAAGAUAGAGCUCGUCCCGGAACACGCCUCCGAUCUCGUCCGGAUCGGCACCGGCUGUGACGGAGGGAAGCCCUUCUUACCCCAGUUCUUGGGGCAUAUCCGAACAGAUGCUACUCUAUCAUUGCCCGUGGAUCACCCUGUCGAUCAAUGCCUGCAUUGUGACUAUACGAGUGGAAAGCGGUUCUCGCGGUCCAUGACCGCACUGUGGCGACUGGAAAUCUCGAUACUCUCAAACGCGCUCAUCUCUUCGGCGCGGAUAUUGCCAAGGCGUAUCCCGUGGCACCACUACCAUGGGGGGGGUCCCAGGGGCGACGGAAAUCUGGACAGGAUGACGACCUGGGGCACCCCGCUGUACCAGGCUGCCGCAGGAGGCCGCUAUGAGAUGGUCAAGUGGCUUCUAGAUCAGAAUGUCGAUGUCGAUGGCCCCGGGAGAAGCCUAUGCAGUUGUAUGCCAAUCGGGAAGAGGGCAAGGGGCCGUUCCUUCCACCCCAUCUGUCGCCCUGCCCGCACAUCCUUACAUGUGGCCCUGUGCCAGCGACACAGCUCCGUCGCUCGCCUCCUGCUUUCCGCCGGAGCAUCUCUGACAACUCAGUUGCAGGGUAGGUACGCCAUGAGAAAGUCCCCUUUCUGGGAUUCGGAAGCGGGCGCGGAAACAUGCCCAUCCCUUCCACCCGCCAGAAAGGCGAAGUUCUGGUUAGCAGAUGCCAUGCAAAGUUCGAGGCCACAUAACGCCCUGCACGAUGCGGCUCGUGCUGGGAACUUGGAGGUGAUGACCGAUCUCGUCAAGAACCGGGGCCUCUCGGUAGACAGUCCUGACAACAGAGACGCCACGCCGAUUCAAUACGCCUGCGAGUAUCGUCCCUCAGAGCGCAAUGUACACACGGAGAGAGACGUUGUGUCACAUUUGCUCAGCCUCGGGGCCGAUGUGGAGAUAUUUUUCCAACAUGGAAACUCAUUCAUGACGCGGGCACUCGAAUUUGCCAUCGCUCAGGGUCAUAUCGAGGCCGCCAAGCAGCUUAUGACGGUGGGAGACAGCCUUUGGACCGCUUCUGCAGACAACGGCCCCAAAGAAUCACGGCUAAAGCUGUUGUUGCCAGCGAUAAUUGAUACAACCGGGCCCGAAUGUAAUUCGGUUCUCGACUCGUUCGCUCAAGUCGUCGCGGACUUCAUCCGGGAGACCCAACGGACGCAUCGGCCGGAAUAUGCCCCGCUUGUAGGAGAACUUCAGUCGACCUUUCUCUUCGUCUGCGAGGUCUCUUGUGGCGUCGAUCGCGACUGUAUGGAUAUCCUUCGCCCUUUCAUGGACGUAUUGGAUUUCGGAGACAAAGUGACUUUGGAGCAGGAUUGCCCCUUCUUGAAGUUCAUCAGAUGGAGCUUUGCGGAGCGGAACGGCUUAUGGCGCGCAACUUUUCCCUUGACUAUGCCUCCCGACAAAGAGCAGGACCGUUUAUCGGGCUCUUCUCUCGGCAUGCUCGCUCUCUGUGUUACGAUUGGUGUGAUGGACUGGGACUAUCAGGGGCGGGCCCUGACGACCUUAAACUGGCUGAUGACCCAGGGCGCGAACCCGAUCGGCAUGCGAGACACCGAUCCGGACCCGUCUCUCACCCCCUUUGUCUACCUGAUGAAGAAGAUCACGGUGGGCCAUCCGCGAGAAUCGGAGCCGCUGACCUUUGUGUUGGGCUCAAUCGGCCCUUUUGUCCGUCUUCUGGUGCAAAAGGGAGCGUGGAUCCCGUGCGGAGAGGAUGAUAUCGGAGGAGUUGUUCGAGUAUACAAGGCGUGGGAGAUGUGUGUCCGCGACUUACAUGAGAGGCCGGAAACCGCGCCAGAGUGGGCUUUCGCGAUUCGCGAUGCGUUUGAUGACUGGUCUGACAGGCCCAAGGUUGAGGAGGUGCUGAGGCAGCACGGUCUUAUUGACGAAGAUACUUGUGUCGAUUAUGAGCAGAGUGAAGUGUGGGAUGAAGAAACCGAAGAGGAGACCGAAGAGGAGGCCCUUUAA